AGAUAAUUAAGAGAACACUGAUUGUUUUUGCACAACAAAAUAAUUUUUCCCAUCAUGCAGCACAACACAAGCCUUUGCCUGUUUGUUUACCCAUAAAUCAUCAUGUACUGCUCAAAUGAAAAUCUUUAAAAAACAUAUCUCGUUAUUUUUAAAUGGAAGUGGAAAGUUUAAAGCCAGCUACAAAAGUUUGAAGCUACAAAAAGUGGAUUUUCAUUCCUGCCUUAUAUCUGCUGCAAUAAUCAGGCCAGUAUGGUGAUACCGUGUCUGCAUACUGAAGCCUCCAUGUGCGCGCCCGGGCGAUGCGCGAUCGAGCAGCGGAGGAGAACCUCAGCGACUAUAAAAACCUCCAGUUCGAGGCUGCUGUCAGCGUCAGUGAAAGAAGAGGCGCCUGCUUCACUUCAGACUUCAGCCUGAACGCCCUCAAGUAGGCUGGCGCGGAUUAAUCAGUUUUUUUUUCUUUUAUUUCGCUUAUAAAAAAAAAGAGCAACAUGAGAGCAGAAAUGCGUUUAACUUUAGAAAUCACUCGGAUGAAUCAUGCAGCCCUGAUCUCCCGCUGAGACUUUGAACUAUAGGCUAAAUACAGAACGAGAACGAUGGGGAUUUUUGCAUCCACACCUGCGCACCCACACUCUGGAAGUUAGCCUGAAACAGGAGGAAGUUGUUUUUAAACGGAGAGCCUCCUUUUCCUCUGCAGAAUCAUGCACAGCAACAGCAGCGCCUCCGGAUCCCUGAGCGCUCUGAGUGUGUGCGGAGAGGAGGAUGAACGCGAAAUCGUCAAACUUGUCGGCACCACAGGAGCAGCCUCCAACCUCGCAGCUUUGAAUCUUUCACUGAACUGCUGGCUUCACAUCCUCUCCAAGGAGUCUUCGCUGGACCUGCACGGAGACAGUGCAAACCUGGUAGUGCGAGUUCUCAUUGCCCUGGUCUACCUGGUGGUGUGUGUUCUGGGCCUUGUGGGUAACCUCCUGGCACUCUUCCUGCUCCACUCCCGUCACCGGGGUCACCAGCACUCCUCCAUCGACUGCUUCGUGAUAAGCCUGGCGCUGACUGACCUCCAGUUUGUCCUCACCUUGCCCUUCUGGGCCGUGGACACCAUGCUGGAUUUCCGCUGGCCCUUUGGCCGGGUCAUGUGCAAGAUUGUGAGCUCGGUCACCACCCUGAACAUGUACGCCAGCGUCUUCUUCCUCACUGCCAUGAGCGUGACCCGUUACCGCUCAAUGGUUACCUCCCUGAAGAUGGGCAGUCCUAGGAUUGCCACCGCUCGUGCUAAAUGGGCCAGUUUAGCCAUUUGGAUGGUGUCACUGGUGGCUACGCUGCCUCAUGCUUUCUACUCCACCACAGUCCAGGUGUCUACAGAUGACGAGCUGUGCUUAGUGCGGUUCUCUGACUCUGAUUCAGAUCACUGGGAUCCUCAAAUCCUGCUUGGACUCUAUCAAACACAGAAAGUCCUUUUGGGAUUUGUAGUUCCUUUGAUCGUCAUUUCCGUGUGCUACCUCCUCCUCCUGAGGUUCAUCCUGAGCCGGCGCAUCGUAGGAAGCAUGGUCAGCAGUGCUGUCACAGAGAGGUCAGAGUCUGAGAGAGGACGCCAACGCCGCCGCUCCAAAGUCACCCGCUCUGUCACCAUUGUAGUUCUCUCCUUUUUCAUCUGCUGGCUGCCCAACCAGGCUCUCACCCUUUGGGGGGUACUGAUUAAAUUUGACAUGGUGCCCUUCAGUAAAGCCUUCUACAAUGCCCAGGCCUAUGCCUUCCCCCUGACUGUGUGUUUAGCUCAUGCAAACAGCUGUCUCAACCCAGUGCUCUACUGCCUGAUCCGAAAAGAGUACAGAGCGGGACUGAAGGCACUUCUGCUGAGAGUGUCUCGCUCCAUCCAAAAUGUCCUCACUCUGGCUCUGAGAGGGAGGAGAGUGGAGGAAGCACCACCCAGCCUGGUUAUGAUACACUAAGACAUCACUAUGUGGUUUACUUUCCUUUUUAAAAAGGAAACAUUUGACAAUUUGGGAAUUAGAGUCACUUCUUUUUUUUCUGACAGUUAGAUAAAAAGGUUAAUUGCCGCACUCAUGUUUGGAUUUAUGAAGCUGCAACCAGCAGCAGGUUAGCUUACCUUUGCACAACAACUGGAGAAGUGGGGAAACAACUAGCCUGGCUCUGUCCACGAGCACAUGGGAAGCUCACUAAUUAACACGAUGUGUACAGAAAUGUGAAAAAAAUCAUGCGCUGGACUGUUUCUUGACCUUGACUGGGAGCUUUCUGCAGUCUCAGGCAAUGGGUUGGUUUUGGUACAGAUUAGUAUAUAAAAAGAGCUUUAGAGGUGCUUGUAGGCAAAUUUUGUUUACUUUGAACCAGAUGUUUUAAGUCUUUGUGCUAAGCUAAGUCAGCAAAAUGCUGGCUCUAGCUUUAUGUUUAGUAUACAGACAUCAGAGUGGUAUCAAUAAUCUCA